GCCGGGAGCGUCUGUCAGGCAGUGGGAGGGAAAAGCGCAUGGAGCCACCGGCCCACUCUUGGGCGAAACUCGCCAGAAAAGCACCCGCCCUGCCCCCGCCCCCCUCCUCCCCGCCGGCUUCUGCUGGUUUCUUGGGGGAGGUGGUGCUGAAAGACAACUUUGGGGAACUUGAAGGAGAGGGGUGUGUGGCGAACAGAGCCUCAUUAGGCCCCGGCUUAGACUCCUAUGCCGGUACAGGGGGGCAGUGGGCGGGCCAGGUCUGGUCGGGUCUCGGGCCUGAGCCGCGUCCCGAGCGGCUGCAGCAGCGAGGCGGGGCGGGCCGGGCUAGGGCCCCAGGAGCAGUUCCCCGUCCAGCCUCGUGGGGGCGCCGGCGCUGCCGAUCAGGUGACCGAGCGGUCGUCCGGGGCUGCGGGAAGCAGCCUCGUUCUCAGCCGCCGUAGACGCCGCCGCCGCUGCCGCCGCCACACCUAGUGGAGGAGCCCGGGAAGGCGGCUCGCGGGGGUAGCUGGGGCGGAGAGCGCCGGGGGUGGGACGCAAGGGCGGUAGGCGGAAGGCGGACGGCUGCCGCGGCGCGGGCUGCAGCGGGGAAAAGGACCCCGAGGCGUCCGCCGCGGCUCCCUCUGUCACCGGCGCGGGAUUGGGGCGCAACGGCUAUGGGCGCUCUCCCCUGAGGCGGAGGUCGCGGGAGGGAGGGGAGGAGGCCCGACAGAGGUAGCUGCGGAGGCCGCGGGCUGGUGACUGCGCGCGAGGCGGCCGGCGGCGACACCACGACCACCACCACCACCACCAUGUCGCGCUCCGUGCUGCAACCCAGUCAGCAGAAGCUGGCGGAGAAGCUCACCAUCCUCAACGACCGGGGCGUCGGCAUGCUCACCCGCCUCUACAACAUCAAGAAGCAAGGACAAGUUUGGAAGGCUUGUGGAGACCCCAAGGCAAAACCAUCCUACCUUAUUGACAAAAACCUGGAAUCAGCUGUGAAAUUCAUAGUCAGAAAAUUCCCUGCAGUAGAAACUCGCAACAACAAUCAACAGCUUGCACAACUACAGAAAGAAAAAUCAGAGAUUCUGAAAAAUCUGGCAUUAUAUUACUUCACAUUUGUAGAUGUUAUGGAAUUUAAGGACCAUGUUUGUGAAUUGCUGAAUACUAUUGAUGUUUGCCAAGUCUUCUUUGACAUUACUGUAAACUUUGAUUUAACAAAGAACUACUUAGAUCUGAUUAUAACUUAUACAACACUAAUGAUACUGCUGUCUCGAAUUGAAGAAAGGAAGGCAAUCAUUGGAUUAUACAACUAUGCUCACGAAAUGACCCAUGGAGCAAGUGACCGAGAAUACCCACGCCUUGGUCAGAUGAUUGUGGAUUAUGAAAAUCCUUUAAAGAAGAUGAUGGAAGAAUUUGUGCCCCAUAGCAAGUCUCUUUCAGAUGCACUGAUUUCUCUUCAGAUGGUGUAUCCCCGAAGGAAUCUUUCAGCUGACCAGUGGAGAAAUGCCCAGUUACUGAGUCUCAUCAGUGCACCAAGUACAAUGCUUAACCCAGCACAGUCUGACACUAUGCCUUGUGAAUAUCUCUCCUUGGAUGCCAUGGAAAAAUGGAUUAUCUUUGGCUUUAUUUUGUGCCAUGGGAUCCUAAAUACUGAUACAACAGCACUGAACCUUUGGAAGCUAGCUCUUCAAAGUAGUUCUUGCCUCUCUCUCUUUCGGGAUGAAGUUUUCCACAUUCACAAAGCUGCGGAAGACUUAUUUGUAAACAUACGAGGCUAUAAUAAGCGUAUUAAUGACAUAAGAGAAUGCAAAGAGGCAGCUGUGUCACAUGCUGGUUCAAUGCACAGAGAAAGACGCAAGUUUUUAAGGUCUGCACUGAAAGAAUUGGCUACUGUCCUCUCUGAUCAACCUGGUUUGCUAGGUCCCAAGGCACUUUUUGUUUUUAUGGCAUUAUCCUUUGCCCGUGAUGAAAUUAUCUGGCUGCUUCGUCAUGCAGAUAACAUGCCAAAGAAGAGUGCAGAUGACUUUAUAGAUAAGCACAUUGCUGAAUUAAUAUUUUACAUGGAAGAGCUUAGAGCACAUGUAAGGAAGUAUGGACCUGUAAUGCAGAGGUAUUACGUGCAGUACCUUUCUGGCUUUGAUGCUGUUGUCCUCAAUGAACUUGUGCAGAAUCUUUCUGUUUGUCCUGAAGAUGAAUCAAUCAUCAUGUCCUCUUUUGUUAACACUAUGACUUCUCUAAGUGUAAAACAAGUGGAAGAUGGGGAAGUAUUUGAUUUCAGAGGAAUGAGAUUAGAUUGGUUUAGAUUACAGGCAUAUACUAGUGUCUCUAAGGCUUCACUUAGCCUUUCAGAUCACAGAGAACUUGGAAAGAUGAUGAAUACAAUAAUUUUUCACACAAAAAUGGUAGAUUCCCUGGUGGAAAUGUUGGUGGAAACAUCAGAUCUGUCCAUAUUUUGUUUUUAUAGUCGUGCUUUUGAGAAGAUGUUCCAACAGUGUCUGGAGUUACCCUCUCAGUCACGAUACUCAAUUGCAUUUCCACUACUUUGCACUCAUUUUAUGAGUUGCACACAUGAACUGUGUCCAGAAGAGCGACAUCAUAUUGGAGACCGCAGUCUUUCUUUAUGUAAUAUGUUCCUCGAUGAAAUGGCCAAACAAGCUCGAAAUCUCAUCACUGAUAUUUGCACGGAACAGUGUACUCUUAGUGACCAGUUGCUGCCUAAGCAUUGUGCCAAAACCAUCAGUCAAGCAGUGAAUAAAAAGUCAAAAAAACAGACUGGUAAGAAAGGGGAACCUGAAAGGGAAAAACCAGGAGUUGAGAGCAUGAGGAAAAACAGACUGGUAGUGACCAACCUUGAUAAAUUGCACACUGCACUUUCUGAGUUGUGUUUCUCUAUAAAUUAUGUACCAAACAUGGUGGUUUGGGAACAUACCUUUACCCCACGAGAAUAUUUGACUUCUCAUCUGGAAAUCCGCUUUACUAAGUCAAUUGUUGGAAUGACUAUGUAUAAUCAAGCCACACAGGAAAUUGCAAAACCAUCAGAGCUUCUAACAAGUGUAAGAGCAUAUAUGACUGUACUCCAGUCAAUAGAAAACUAUGUGCAAAUUGAUAUUACAAGAGUAUUUAAUAAUGUUCUUCUUCAACAAACACAACAUUUAGACAGUCAUGGAGAGCCAACCAUUACAAGUCUAUACACAAAUUGGUAUUUGGAAACUUUGUUAAGACAAGUCAGCAAUGGUCAUAUAGCUUAUUUCCCUGCAAUGAAAGCAUUUGUGAAUUUACCUACAGAAAAUGAAUUAACAUUCAAUGCAGAGGAAUAUUCUGACAUAUCAGAAAUGAGGUCGUUGUCAGAACUUCUAGGCCCAUAUGGUAUGAAGUUCCUAAGUGAAAGCCUUAUGUGGCAUAUUUCAUCACAAGUUGCUGAACUUAAGAAACUUGUGGUGGAGAAUGUUGAUGUGCUAACACAAAUGAGGACCAGCUUUGACAAACCCGACCAGAUGGCUGCACUCUUCAAAAGAUUAUCGUCUGUUGACAGUGUCUUGAAGAGGAUGACAAUAAUUGGUGUAAUUUUAUCCUUCAGAUCAUUGGCACAAGAAGCACUUAGAGAUGUCUUGUCCUACCACAUUCCUUUUCUUGUAAGUUCAAUUGAAGAUUUCAAAGAUCACAUUCCAAGGGAAACUGAUAUGAAGGUUGCAAUGAAUGUGUAUGAAUUAUCAUCUGCUGCUGGAUUACCUUGUGAGAUUGAUCCUGCCUUAGUGGUAGCCCUUUCCUCACAAAAAUCAGAAAACAUAAGUCCAGAAGAAGAAUAUAAAAUUGCCUGCCUCCUCAUGGUCUUUGUGGCAGUUUCUUUGCCAACACUGGCCAGCAAUGUGAUGUCUCAGUAUAGCCCUGCUAUAGAAGGGCACUGCAACAACAUACAUUGCUUGGCCAAAGCCAUCAACCAGAUCGCUGCAGCGUUGUUUACAAUUCACAAAGGAAGCAUUGAAGAUCGGCUUAAAGAAUUUCUGGCGCUUGCAUCCUCCAGUCUACUGAAAAUUGGCCAGGAGACAGAUAAAACAACAACAAGAAAUAGAGAAUCUGUUUAUUUACUGUUAGAUAUGAUUGUGCAGGAAUCCCCAUUCCUUACAAUGGAUCUUUUGGAAUCUUGUUUUCCUUAUGUCUUGCUGAGAAAUGCGUACCAUGCUGUCUACAAGCAAAGUGUUACAUCUUCUGCAUAAAGAUAUCUACUUACUGAAGACAAGCACGCAUUUUUGUUGCCUCGGUUUUAUCUGUAAACUGUGGAACUAUUUUACCUUAAGGCCUGAAACACAGUUUUGUGGAUUAUAAAUUUCUUUCAUACGAUUGUAUUUUCUGAUCAUUGGUUUCUUAAUAUGGCUGUACUUCAGUAUACUUGGUUGAUUUAGGUUGCACAUUCACUGAAUUCACUGAAAUUAUUCCAAUAAUUUUAGAGUAUCAUUUGUUUGAAAAACAUUAUCUCUAUGUUUUUGAUAUUUGAUAAUGAAAAAAACUCUUUGCUUGUUUAUUUCUGAAAAAAAAUUGUAUUUAGUGAUUAUUUUAGAUAGUGAUAUUAGGGCAUUCAUCUGUGUGUAAAUUAUUUCAUAUAGGGAAGAGUUCUGACCUGUACCUAUGGUUCUUAUUGAAAACAAAACUGGAUGUGCAUUUCUGUGAUGUUAUGAAUACAUUUCUACUUUAUUUUGAAACAUUUGCCAAACUAAUUACUAUAACACUGUAUAACACUAAAAAUGGACUGCUUAGAAGCAGACAGUGCCCCAAAACUCUAAUAAAACAGCAGCAUAUGUUGUUGCUUGUAUAAAGCCUAGUGAUAAUUUUUAGACUAAUUUCCAUGGUGCCCUGUUGGCAUUAGCACUAUCAUUGUACCCUGCUGUAUAAUAAACAAUCUUAGACAUUUAUCAGCUGUUGAUACAAAUGUUAGUCCCUAAUCACUUUUUAUAUGUUUUAAAUUUUUGAAAUUCAAGUGUACCUGCCAUAACAUAAAAUAAACACUAGACUGUAUCACA